CCAAUCGUCAUUCGAUCAAAAAAACACUUGGGCUACUAUACACUGCAUAUAACAGGUUUAAUUUUAAAUAUUUUAUAGUGAAUGGUGUCGAAUCUGCUUUGUCAUCUGUGAGAUAUUAAAAACAUUUGUAUAGAUUCUAUAACCGGUUAAAGUUCAACUUCGUUCUUUUUAUUUGUUUCUCGACCUUUCUAUAUUGUUCUGACGUCUUCUCUAGCACAGUAUAUACAUAAUAUACAGGAAAGAGGUGAUAAAGAAAUAUUGUAAUUUGAUCAGUUCUCAGUACAGUUUCUCAAAUUAACAAACAUGAAUUUAAAAGAAAAAGUAUAUGUAAUUGGUGUGGGAAUGACCAAAUUUGGAAAACCUGGGAAGCAGGAUGGACCGGAUUAUCCAGAAUUAGCAAAAGAAGCGUUAAAUAAUGCUUUGAAAGAUGCAAAUGUUCCAUAUAGCAAUAUAAAAGCUGCUUGUGUUGGAUAUGUAUACGGAGAUUCGACUUGUGGUCAAAGAGUCAUAUAUGAAGUAGGAUUGAAUGGUUGUCCUAUUUAUAAUGUAAAUAACAAUUGUUCAACUGGAUCAACUGCAUUAAUUCUGGCUAAACAAUUGAUUGAAAGUGGGAAUGCUGAUUGUGCUUUAGCUCUUGGUUUUGAAAAAAUGGAAAAAGGUUCCUUGACAAGUAAAUUUUCAGAUCGAACAAAUCCAAUGGACAAACAUGUAGAACUUAUGGCUGAUAUUGUUGGUAUAAACGAACGACCAAUUACUGCUCAAUUGUUUGGAAAUGCUGGUAUUGAACAUAUGAAGAAAUAUGGAACAAAACCUGAACAUUUUGCAAAAAUUGCUUAUAAAAAUCAUUUACAUUCUGUAAACAAUCCGUAUUCUCAGUUUCAAGAGAAGUAUACUUUAGAACAAAUAAUGAAAUCUCCAAAUGUAUUUGGACCUCUAACAAAACUUCAAUGUUGUCCAACUUCUGAUGGUGCAGCAGCUGCUAUUUUAGCCAAUGAAAAUUUUGUUCGUAAACAUGGCUUGGAGUCACAAGCAGUAGAAAUUUUAGGAAUGGAAAUGUCUACAGACUUGCCAUCUACAUUCUCAGAGCGUAGUUGCAUUAAACUUAUUGGAUAUGAUAUGACAAAAAAUGCUGCAGAAAAAGUUUUCACAUUAACUAAGUAUAAACCAACAGAUGUAGAUGUAAUAGAGUUGCAUGAUUGUUUUUCAACCAAUGAAUUGAUUACUUAUGAAGCUUUAGGACUUUGUUCUCCUGGUCAAGCUGGACAACUUGUGGAUUCUGGGAAUAAUACGUAUGGUGGAAAGUACGUUAUAAAUCCUAGUGGUGGUUUAAUCUCAAAGGGACAUCCUUUAGGAGCUACAGGUAUAGCACAAUGUGCAGAACUUUGUUGGCAACUCAGAGGACAAGCUGGAAAACGACAAGUAUCAGGAGCAAAAUUGGCACUACAACAUAACAUAGGUUUAGGUGGUGCUGUCAUAGUUGCUUUAUAUAAAUUAGGUUUUCCUAAAAAUUCGACUACUCCCGCGAAAAAAGUUUCUGCAUCUUCUGGUGCUGUUACACAGAACAAAACUGGCAAUGUUGAUCCAAAUAUUUUCAAAGCUGGUCCACUUUUUAAAUUACUUGAAGUUGCAAUGAAAGAAGAUACAGAUGGGUUAAUAGAAAGAGCUCGUGGAAUUUAUGGAGUUAAAAUUAUAAAUGGACCUGGAGGUGCAGAAGGAUAUUGGGUAAUAAAUGCUAAAACAGGCAAAGGAUCAGUGGAAUUUAAUGGUAAAACCAAACCUGAUGUUAUAUUUACUAUCAGUGAUAAUGAUAUAACUGAUUUUAUCUCUGGAAAAUUAAAUCCACAAAAAGCAUUCUUUCAAGGUAAAAUAAAACUUCAGGGUAAUGUGAGUUUUGCAAUGAAAUUAAUUGAUUUACAAAAUCGUGCAGCCAAGAAAAUUGAAUUACUUCGCUCUCGAUUAUAAUUAUAUUUCUGCUAAAAAAGUUGAUAUAUUUUACAAUAAUUCCUUGGUUAUAUGGAAAGGUGUACUUUUUUAUUGCAUUUUGGGGACCUUUAUAGAUUACACAAUUAAUAAGUUUUAAUGGAUUAGUUUCUAAUGGGUUAAGAAUGAACACUCUUUAAAGUUGGUACUACAUAAAGCAUUAAUUGAAUCAUUAGUUAGUUAUCAUUUUAUAUUUUGAUAAAUAUUCACUUAAUAAUAUGUAACUGUUAUUAAUGAAUAUGUGAAUAAAUAGUAGUCAUUUAUA